CCCCACCAACACAGAGGGGUCGAGGCAAGAGUCUCUGGUUUUAAAGUCUCUGCGCCUCCAUAUUUUUCAGAUCUCUGUGCGCUCUGAGAAAGCAGUUGGGUAUUAGAAGCCACCACGCUUUACAUAGCACUUGUAUCCUGAAAUGGCGGCGGCAACAGCAUCCUUUUCCCUAGGAUCAGCUGCUUCUUUUGGAACUGUAUCUCAUUCAGGAUCAAAACUGAAGUCCUAUGGCAUGAGAGUCAAUUCUGCGCACCAUAUUAAGAGUUAUAGCGGUCUAAAAGCAGCAAAAGGUAUAACUCUUGAAUCAGAGAUUUCAUUCUUGGGUAAAGGAAUCUAUGCCACUCUUCUCGCAUCAAAUCGGAGACCAGAAAUACUACUCCGAAGCUCAAACCACAAUUUCCAACCUCAGGCUUCCUUCAAAGUAGCUGUUAUAGGAGCAGCAGGGGGAAUUGGCCAACCUUUGGCGCUCUUGAUCAAGAUGUCACCUCUCAUCUCAGCCUUGCACCUCUACGAUAUAGCUAAUGUAAAGGGAGUUGCAGCUGAUCUGAGCCACUGUAACACCCCUGCUCAAGUCUUGGGCUUCACCGGCCCAUCUGAGUUAGCCAACUCUUUAAAGGAUGUUGAUGUAGUGGUUAUCCCAGCUGGUGUUCCAAGGAAGCCUGGUAUGACAAGAGAUGAUCUCUUCAAUAUAAAUGCAGGAAUUGUCAAAAGUUCAGUUGAGGCAGUUGCAGAUAACUGCCCUGAAGCUUUCAUACACAUAAUAAGCAACCCUGUAAAUUCAACUGUUCCAAUAGCUGCUGAGGUUCUCAAGAAAAAAGGGGUUUAUAACCCCAAGAAACUAUUUGGGGUCACCACCUUAGAUGUAGUGAGAGCAAACACAUUUGUGGCUGAGAAGAAAGGGUUAAGACUCAUUGAUGUAGAUGUUCCAGUAAUUGGGGGGCAUGCCGGAAUUACCAUUUUGCCUCUGCUUUCAAGGGCAAAGCCCUCUGUGAAAUUCUCAGAUGAAGAAAUAGGAGAGUUAACUGUUAGGAUUCAAAAUGCAGGGACCGAGGUUGUGGAGGCAAAGGCAGGAGGUGGGUCAGCUACUCUUUCGAUGGCCUAUGCAGCUGCUAGGUUUGUAGAGUCGUCUCUUCGGGCUUUGGAUGGAGAUGGGGAUGUCUACGAGUGUUCAUAUGUGCAAUCAGAGCUUACUGAGCUGCCUUUCUUUGCUUCGAGAGUCAAGCUUGGGAGGAAAGGGAUUGAGGCCUUUGUGAAGUCGGAUCUUGAGGGGCUGAGUGAGUAUGAGGAGAAGGCCUUGGAGGCUUUGAAGCCAGAGUUGAGGGCUAGUAUUGAGAAGGGUCUGGCCUUUGUAGAGAAGCAAGCUGUGGUGUCUGCAUAGACUUGAACUGAGGUGAUAAUAGAGUCAUGUUUUUAGCAUAAUACGAGCAUUUUUGUAGCGUAAGAAACAGAUUUUUAUCUGCAAGGGAGACUUAAAAGAGAGUAACAACAGCUUGAUUUUGAGUUUCAGAAUAUGCAGUAAUCUUGUUUUGAUGAUUGAGAUUUUUGCGAGGUGUCUGUAUCAGAGGUAUGCUUUGAAUAAAAUUGCUACUGUGUUUUACAGUGUCUCAUGAAAGUGGGUUUUGAAUUUGCUUGGUAUGUCUUCUGAUAAUGCAAUAGAAAUAAUUGCGGGAGAAACAUGUUUUUAGGGCUCCCAGGACCUAUCGCUGCGUAGACAACGGAUGCUUGUAUUUAUUUUUGGGUUUUAAUCCAUGGCUUCAAUGGCCCAAGUGCUCUCCC